AUGCCUCCUUCACUGCAGAGGCUUCAUAGGCCUCUUACUGUUGUAGACAGCACGUGGCGUCUGCAAGCGUUAUUACACUACUUCCUACCUUUCAUCGUCAAAAUGUCUUCAGUCGACUUCACGCGACACAUAUCUUUACAAAUUAAGUCGUUGAAAUUAUUCGGACUUUGGUUUUACAUACCAUAUCCUAUGAAAUCUUGGAAAUUCUGGUUGGGAGUACUUACUAGGGCCAUACUUGGCAUCAUAAUGUUCAUAAUACCCACGGGAGGGCAAAUCGUGUAUUUAAUACGAUUGGUUCUGUCAGGAAAGGUGGAAAUCCAGGAAAUUGCCGGAAUAAUGAAUUUAGUACUCACAGAAAUGCUGGCCUCCUGCAGGCUUCUGGAUUUAUGCCUGCGCAGGGAAUUAUUUAGAGAACUGACGAAUCAAUUAAAUAGCAAGGAAUUUUGUUUUACAAACCGUAAUGACAUUUUGGAAAAAGCCGUGAACAUCUCCCGAUAUCUGUUUUGGAUUUUUUUGUUUAGCUGCAGUUGUGAUGUUGCAGUUCAUGUAUUAGUCGUACCAGGACUACACAAAUUCGAAACUUUGCCUUUAAAGAUGGAUCUUAUAUUCUUCGAUGUUAAUGAGGCGCCGUAUUUUAAAUACAUUUGCGUUUAUCAGAUUAUCUACAAACCUACGAUGGUGGUGACCUAUAUCGCGGUACAAACUCUACCCUGGGCUACUAUGUGUUUCGUCAGCAGCCAAUUGGACGUUUUAAUUUAUAACUUUGAAAAUAUGAAAGGACUCAUUAAAGCCACUAUGGCUGAAAGGCAGUGCGAUGAAAAUGAAGCUUUUAAGGAGGUAUUCAGGGGAUGCGUCCUUCAUCAUUGCUCUAUUAUGAGAUUCCUGAAAUUGCUUCAAUCAACGUUUGGAGGGCAAUUGACAUCGAAUCUAUUUCUAAAUGCCUGCAUCAUUUGUAGUACAUCAGUACAAAUAUUUUCAAUCGAAUCACCUUUGAAGAAUAUUACGGAAGUGGCUUGGGUGCUGGCAUAUCUAUCAAUAUUCAUCUGUAUGCUCUUUAUUGACUGCUAUUUUGGGAACACUAUUACAGUCAAGUGCGCGCACGUGCCAACAGCAGUAAUAUCUUGUCCAUGGCUGAAAUUACCAAAAGAACUAAAACGGAACGUAGUUAUAUUCAUAGCGAGGGCGCAGCAGCCAGUAAUUAUAACGGCAGCCAUGCUCGUGCCAGUAUCACUGGAAACAUUCACAAAGGUAAUGAACUGGACGUACAAAGCCUUCGCUGUGAUGAAUCAAAUGAAAAAUUAA